AUGUAUGAAGAUCUUUUCGCCAAGUACUUUGGAUUGAGAAAUGAUGAUGAAGUUGACAGAUAUGUUGUACUUAACAUGAAUGCAAGUUGGCUUUCUAAUGCUGGCAUCAGUUCUUUGCAGCAAGAUGGCAACAGAUAUACUAAUAAGGUGGAGAGUACAGGUGAAAUAUCUUUAAGUGAUGAGAAUGCUCCCUUCUGGGAUAUGUUUGAGAGGUUUCAAGUCAACAAGCAAGGCCAGAAAGAUGCAAGAUUAAUUGUCCAGUUCCUUAGGACUACCCUUUCAUGGCUGGCGCAGACAGGCUUCCAAGAAAAGAUUGAUGCACAAUUGUUGGAAGAGGUCAGGCACAUCAGCAGUCACUUUGAAGAACGUUCUACCAGGAUGGAGAAGACAGCUUGUCUGACUCUGGAGGAUCUGUACUCAAUGUGGCAAGAUGGCGAGAACAAACUGCAGAUGAUCAUCAGCUUCCUGUGUUCCAAAAGGGCGUCCACCAAGGAAGACGACAGGACGAACGAAGUCCAGUCGCAGACAGACGAAUGGACUGGAUGCUCAGACAACGAGACCGAUGUCCAGUCGCAGACUGACGAACACGACGAAUGGACUGGAUGCUCAGACAAGGAGGCGGAAUGGGUGAAGGAGGAGGAAGCGGCGGCACAAAAGGCGGCUCGGAUGAAGAAGAGCAAGAAGAAGCCCAAACAACCGCACAAAGGUUGUUUCAAGAGGUGAGCUGAUGUAGCGGCUGUAGGUCCCCGCCUGUAUUGGAGAAACUUGUUUUGUACGGUCACUGUAAAACCAGCUCAUGGCCGAGGGCUUGUUUUGCUUGCAUGUAUG